UCCCCUAUUCCUUCCUUCUCGUCACCGCCGUCCUCCUCCCUCCUCUCUGCUUCUCGUGCGAUUCCUCUUCUUUCUCACCUUUUAUCUUCUCUGAUUGCCUCUGAAGAGCGAUCGACAAGGAACAGAAAAAUCAACCGAAUCUCUCAUUCAUCUCUCCCUCUCUUCUCGACCUACUCUCUGUCUCCCUCUUCUAUCAAACCCAGACAAAUAAGAACCCCAAAUCGCAUUAUCCUCUCAUCCCUCGAUCGUAAUCUGCCGCUGCUCUGCUCUCCUCGUCGGCGAGAGAAAGAACGUUCAGUCCAGGUUGAAAUGCCUUCGCCUGAUAGCUUGUUGCAGUUAAGGUCGUUGAAGUACUUGGAUUUGGAAACUGGUGAGGCGGGUCUGGUCUCUGGUGCGGCUGCGACCUGAACGGAGGAGGAGGGCGGCGGUCUUCCUUCCGGUCGGACUGCUAGUCGUGCGAAGAGGGAGGAGAAGAGAAUGAGGUGUAAUGUUUUUUUAUUUUUUAUUUUAUUUUUUAAUUGACAUGUCAUUAAGUUAACGGAUUAGUCAGCAAUUCUGUUUGCCACGUCAUCAAAAAUCUGACGGUGUUAACGGAGACUAACGGCCAGUGACCAACGGUGAAACGAUUCGUAAAGUUAAUG